UGGAAGAAAUUGGAUCUAGACGAGCGUGUGUUGACCUACCGUCGCUUUCAUGAAAAAUAAUAAAAUGUGUAUUAGUUUAAAUAAUUAGAUUGUGUGAUGCAUUUUACAAUUCGUUGUUACUGAAAAUUAAAAGAUGUUCGAGGAAAACGAAAAAGAAUGGAUUCUAGAAACUAUCAAUCAUUUGAAACACAGGAAAGCUCGGCCUGAUUUAUCACGCAUAAGUCUACGAAUGAAAAAAAGAUAUUUCAUGAGUUUUGCGCAAACCAAAAGUCUUCUUGAAUCACUUAUUGAAAGUGGAAUUGUUGUGAAAGCAGUGUACAAAAACAAUACAAGUUACAGGGAUGUUUCGAAGUGGAAAAAAGGACGAUUAGGAGGUCAGAUUAUGAAUUCGAACAGAAUGCUGAAACGUUUUAUUCGUGCAAUAGAAGCAAUAGAAAAAACAAAAGACACGGGUGUUACGGCUCAGGACAUUGAAGAUUAUUUUAAAGAAAGUCAUGGAGAGGAAAAGUGUUUUCUGUCUGGAGCUGCUUUAAGAGAUGCCUUGGAAAAUGAGAUAACAAAUGGUUAUUUGAAGAAACACUGUAACGGAUUACUUGUUCACUAUUCAGUUAACAAGGACACAUCUGACAAUGUGUUAAGUGAGGAUGAUAUUAAUGAUGUUAAAACAGAAUUAGAUCUAGAUCAGACAACGAUGUCUUCAGAUCAUAGCUUUGAUUGUAACUCUUCCUCGGAUAUUUUAUAUUUAUUAUCGAAUGUAAUCAAAGCUAUAAAUGAAACACAAAAGUCAGAAGAUGUUGGUUCCACUUUGGGAGACAUAAAAGACUUCCUAAUAAUAAAAGGUUUUAACUUUUCUGAUGAUGCAUUUUUGUAUGAGUUCUUAGAAAAUGAAGUGACCAGAGGUAAUUUGAGUAAGAGUGUACAAGACACAAAAUACUUUUAUUCUGUUAAUAUGAACUGUGUUCAAAUAUUAGAUCUAGAUCUAGAUGACUCCAGCAAGACUGAAGACAUUGUAAAUGAACCUACUGAAACAUUUGAAAUUAAAAAGCCCAAAGGAAAAGCAAAUAGUAGUAGAUCUAAAUCUAAUAUAGGUGUUUUUCAUUCGGAAACUAACAUCAAUACAGGAAUUAGAUCUACUCAUGUAGAAAAAGUCAAGAAAGUAAAAAUGGAAAAAGAAAAUCUUGUUGGGGAUAUGCAAACACAAAAUGCUCCUUUGCGACCACCUUCAAAACGAAAGCGAAUCAUUAAAGAUCACGGUCCAGAUUUUGAAAUAGAGUUACCCACUAAAGUUAAAAACAAGAUCACAACAGAUAUUAAAGAGUCUAUUUAUCCAACUCCAACAAAUUCACCAGCUUCUGAAAAAUCUGAGACUAAUGUUUACCACAGUUUUCAGUUUGACAAAAAGAGAAGAGGUCGACCAAAGAAAUAUCCUUCACCAUCAACAAGCUGCAACACUAGUGUUGUUGAUCAACUGGAAGAAGAUUCCCAACAUGCUUCUCUUUGUGAUGGCUCAAGUGUUGAUAAUGGAGAGAGAGCAUGUUCAACUUCUCCACACCCUGAUAUUAGUCAUUGGACAGCUGAGCAAGUGGCUUCAUAUUUCUUGAGUAAAGGUUAUGAAGAAGAAGCACAGAGUAUGCUGGAACAUGACUUGGAUGGCACAGCUCUGGGCUUGUUACGACGAUCAGAUAUUGUGGGCCCUCCUUUAGGUGGUAUACUGAAAAUUAAAAAACUAGGAGUGGCAUUGAAGCUGUUUCGGGAUAUCAGAAACCUUUUAUAUCAAGGUAAUGUUGACAACUAUUUGGAUCCAUAUGAAGAAAAGCCAUUUCUGAGAUCUUGAUGACAAUACAAUGUUUUAGCAAUCGCACUGAAAGUGUCCUCAGGUACCGGUACUUAAUUUAUUUUGUAUGGCUGUUGAAUAUCAUUUGAGAGAUUUUAAUUAUUUUAGUGUCCAAGAUAAGAUCUGUCACUUUGUAACACCAUCUUUUUAUGAUCAUGUUUGAAGUUCCAAUGCUCAAUGUGCAUUUUCUCAUGUUUCAUCAUUCCUUGCCAGUUGAUACAAAAGGCUUUUGUUUGUAUACAUGUUUGAUAUUUUAUAGUUUGAUUGUCAGUGCUAGGUUUGGUGCCCUUGGUAAUUUGUCUAUUUGAAAAACAUUAUUAGUUCAAAAUACCUAUUCAAGAAUCCCUAUAUUAAGGAAAUAAUUAAGAAAUCAAAGCAUAAGGGUUAAUUAUUUUUUUUUACAAAGCUUUAUCAACUUUCCCCGUCUGUUUGGGUUGAAUCUUGUACAUGUUAUUUCUCUCACUUUGACUUGUCAUUUGCCGAUCAAGUUGAAAAUUUGCACAAUUAUUCAUUGUCUGUGAGAACACACUAAUCAGUCAAUCAAUUAACUAUUUAUUGAAUAAAUUAUGUAUCCUUGUUUAGAGGAUUAGGUCAUUUGCUAAAAAUGUUCAAAAUAUAAACUUUUUUUUUAAAGAUUAUAAACCUUCUAUUUUUAUAAAUACUGUAUAGCUCAGCGGCUAAUAUGUUGGUCUUCCACCAUGGAGGCUUGAACCCUGAGUUCAAAUACAGACUCAAGCAACUUAAAAAAAAAAUACCUUUUGAAAAAGCAGCACAGAAAGUUUUUUCUAGAUACUUCCCACCCUCCAAACUAGUUCACAAAUGUGAUCAUAGUGUGCUUGGAGUAUGUUACAUUUAUUUUUGUACAUAUUUGACUAAGCUAACAUUGACCAUUCAAUAAAUAUGUUUUAUAUUGUAAAUUUCUUGCUAGAAAUAUUACUGCUUGAAUGACAAUAUUUCUGAUUGAAUUUCAGAAAACGUAGGAAUAUUCAAUACUUCAUGCUGAUUAAAAUUGAUAUAUUAUCAAUUUUGGUAUAAUUAAACAAAAUGACCUUUUAUUUUUCAUCUUUUGAUAUUCAGGCCAUUUUUUAGCAUCUUAAGUUAAACAUUUUCAUACUUUAAAUUUUGUUUUUGAAUCAUGUGGUUUUGAAUCAUCGUUGCAUCAGCCCCAUAUAUAGAAAAAGAGCUUCUAAGAAGCAUUGGUUGUGAUCAAUAAGUUUUUAAGUGUGAAUGUGUGUCUUGACCACAACAUGAAGGCCAGUUUUGCAUUGUUAAUUAACUUUUUUUUUUGUGUGUAAGUUUUUUAAUUUUAUUUUUGUGUUUGAAUGCUUAUAGUUUUUUUUUUGUUUUUUGGUUGGGUUAAUCCCUUAAAGUAAAAUAGAUUAGAAAGAUGCAUUUUGUUACAGAAAGGGGUAAUAUUAUUGUCACUUUCUGUUGCCCUAUAUAUAUGUAUUUAUAUUAAAGAAAAAUCAUGACUUUUGAAAGAAUUUGAGAUUGCGCCACAUAGCCACCAAAUCACAUUAAAAUGCAUAAAGACAAGGUAACUAUAUCCAUCACUACAUGCUGGCAUUAUGUUUUUCUGUUACCUAAGGUACAUGUUAUUGAAGAAGUCAGUUUAAGACAGGAUCAGUUACUUUUCUGAAAGCUUUUACAAAUUGUGAGUUCUCUUCAGGUUGAAGAAUUAUUUUUUUUUAAAUUUUUGUAAAAAAAUUAAUAUUUUAUAUGUGGCAUGACUGGAGGAAAAACAUUUUGGCAAAAAAGCUCUGAUCUUGCUGAUAUUAUUUCUUUUAAAAUAGUCAUUAAAUAUAGAUUUGUUUUUCUUAUUACAAUGAACAAACUUUUUACUAAUGUAAUCAUUCCAUGAAUUAAAAAAUUCAAAACGGUCAUAAUGAUUUCACACUUUAGAUAACAGUUUAGGUAAUAUAUUCUGUAACUCAUUUUACACAAUAUAUAUACACGUGAAUUGUAUUCGAGACAUUUGCAAGCGAUUAUGGCCCACUAAACAGUUUAGGAAAUUGAUCUGAGAACUUGUUUCCAAAUGUGAAAUUCUUUAUAUUUUACAAAUUAAUAGUAAAGAAAAAAAAAACUAUGGUAGAGACCUUAUAAAAAUUGUAUUACCAUACUUUCUUUGCAUUUUUUAUCUACAUUGCAUACAUUUAGACAUAUGUGUAGCAUAGAUGUCAUAUAGAUUUUUAUUGCAACUAUUUUCUUAUUAUAAUCUAAAGUUUUUAGAUUUUAACAAAAAUAUUUUUGAUGUUAAUGAAGUGAAGUUUUUGGAGGUGAUCAGUCCUAGAAUGUUAUCUUCCUAAUUUUGUCUUCUUCACAGAACAUGCUUUUACAAUUUAAAAAAAAAUUGAAAUCAAAAUUUGUGUAUGUGUGCCACUUUGGGCUUCCAUAUUGUUUGUAAACUCUAGUCUUUGACUUAACUUGUCAUUCAUUUGUCUGUCUGCAACCUCUUAUUAAAAGUGUUUAACCUAUUAACAGCUAAAUUGUUUGAAAAUGUGAUUUGUUAUGUUUUAACUGCAUUAGUUUGAAUAGACUUCAUGAAAUAAAAUGAAGACAACUACA